AUGCCAGAGGAGUCGAUCCUGAAUGACUCGCUGCGCGAGAUCGUUGUGGGCUCUGUUUCGGGCGCCAUCGGAAAGAUAAUAGAGUUCCCGUUCGACACGGUGAAGGUGAGACUCCAGUACUCCAGAUCUCUUUCCAGUCCUAUCUUCACCUCGACCCUAGACUGCAUCACUAAAACAUACAAGAAUGAGGGCAUAUACAAGGGUUUUUGGAGAGGCUUACCGUCACCAAUGAUUGGUGCAUCGCUGGAGGCGAGCUCGCUUUUUUUCAGCUACAAAAUAGCCCAGGAUCUGAUCAACAUAUCGCAAGGCAACCGGAUCAACACAGAACUACCGUUUGGACAACGUCUUUUGUGUGGCUGUUUUAGUGGUAUCACAACGAGCUUUAUACUGACGCCAGUGGAGCUCAUCAAGUGCCAGCUGCAGGUCGAUAACCUCAAGGUGGGCCAGGCCAACUACACGUCGCUUGGUCACGUGAUCAAGACCAUUCUGAAGCAGGAAGGGGCACGGGGACUUUGGAAAGGACAAACGACAACGAUGGUGCGGGAGGCUGGAGGGACGGCAGCGUGGUUUGGAUGCUAUGAGUAUACACUGGAUCGCUUCAAGGGCGACAGAGGUCCAGAUUACGAAUAUAGAGCCCAUGAGCUGCUCGUUGCUGGAGCCAUGGCUGGAAUUGGAUAUAAUGCUUCAUUAUUUCCUGCAGACACGGUGAAGAAUGUUAUACAGACGAGCGAAACACAGAAUGACAUACUCGGGCGCGGCCAUGUUUUACUCCUAUGA